AUGCAACAGUCACGUCGAUAUCCGCCUAUUUCAGCAUCAAAUGUAGCUGUAAAUAACAAUACGAAUCGGCAGACACGUUCAGUAAAUCGAAGUAUGUCAUCAACAUCGAACCAAUGCUCUGGUUGUUCUCAACCGAUUUCUAAUUCACUUGUUUCGAAUGUCCUCGAUCGUGUAUGGCAUCCUGAUUGUGUUCGAUGUGUUGUAUGCCGAUGUUUACUCAAUGAACAAUGUUAUUCACGCGAAGGCAAACUCUACUGUAAAGACGAUUUUAUCAAGAAAUACAUUCAUCGUUGCUUUUCUUGUCAAAAUUUAAUUCAAUCUCAUGAUUUCAUUCGUCGUGUACGUCUUGGUCGAAUUUAUCAUGCGGAUUGUUUUGUUUGUGGGAAAUGCAAACGAGUUUUACAUGAUGAGGAUAUCAGCGCAAUAUGGCCGUCGGAUGGUUCAACUUUGAACGAUACUGAUUAUCUAUGUCAAAUAUGUGUAAAUCCAAUGAAUAAAUUAGUCAAACCAUCGAUGGGAACCAGUUCAUCAUUGACUGUUGAUGAAGAUGAAACAACGGACAGUGAAUUUUCGAAUGCAAUAAAUGGAAAAGCAUUACCAGUCGGUAAACAAGUAUCAACGGUAAGCACAACAAACGCAUCGUCGAUCAUUUCAACGCAAUCGUCUACACUUCCUUCUCUUGAUCAACAAACAUCUCGUCAAUCGAUUGCAUCAACCGCAGAAAGUCAAAUCAACCAAGAACAAGCUGACGAGUUUUCAACACCUCCUCCAGAGAUACCGGACGAAUUAGAAAUAAAUUCAUCACCCACGAAGGCUACCGGUCGACAAACGAAAACUCGUCAAAAUAGUAGUACUGCUACGAAUAAUAAACGAUCGCCGGCUAAAUCGAAAGCGGCCGCUCGUCAAAAGCAAACAACUACGCGUGAAAGAAAAGGUCGACCGCCAGCAACGAGAUCGAAAUCAUCUGCGGCAGUAGCCACAACCGCGCCGCCUGUACAGAGACGGUCAAGUAAUCGUCGUAAUACGAAAACUUCACGUUAUCGAAAACGAACGUUCUCCAGUGGAAGUGAUGAAGAUGAAUCGGAGGACGAAGAUGAAGAGGAAGAUGAAGAAGACGAAGAGGAAGGAGACGAUGACGAUGACGACGAAGGAGACGCGGAUUUUAAUGGAGAGGAGAAUGAACGAGAAGGCAAUCGAUCGCAGACUACUAAAACAAAAGCAUCUAAGACUAAUAAUGAAAAUAAGCCAGAAUCUGAACAAACGAAUGCGAAGGUCUCACCGACAACUCAAGCAUCAACUGCAAGUGAACCUGCUAUUUCUGAACCGAUGUCAUUGCUGAGUGGACGUUCAGCAAAUCCGAUAUCUGUCUCAUCUAUUAUUCAACCAGAUAUUCCUCCAAGUUUUUUACCACCAAACUUCAAUCCAGCUUUUCCAACGCCUCAACAAUUUCUACCACCGAAUCAUUCGUUUCCGCCUGGUUUUCCUUUACAACCAAGGAUGCCUAUACCGCCACCAAUGAAUAUUUCUCAAUCACAACCGGCAUCUAUUUCUGACACUCAGCGUUCAUCUCAUCCGACAAAUGCUCCUGAAACAGAUUCAGCUAGUCAAACAUCUAGUCCUUCGAAAAUGGACGUGCCAAUGAACGCAGAAUCGGGAACGCCAGUACAUCCGGCAGCUACUCCUCCAAAGAUAUCCGCACUUUCUUCACUAUUGGAAUUCAGUUCGUUGCCGCCAUCGAAUAUUGGCGAUAUACGUCCAACAGGGGCUUCCACCAAUCCUUAUCCUUUUCCGUUUGUUACACCGGGCCCAGGUGUACCAUUUUCACCUCAAGCAGCUGCCGGCAUGACCACCUACUAUCGGCCACCGCAUCCGCCAGCUUCUGGUCAACCACCGACGAAAAUACCGCUUGAUGUUACAUCACAAACAUCUACAACAACAAUACCACCGUCUCAAACAACCUCAAAACCACCACCGAAAAAAAAAUCUCCAGCGAAAAGAAAGUCAACUGAUGUUGUUUCUCAGAAUAUACUUGAUGAACAGGAAUCUCCCCCAAAGAAAGCUCGUAAGGUGACCCCACGUGGUAAAGGCAAAAAUAAAAGAAAUGAAACCGAUGGUGAGAACGACACAGCUGAAGAUAAGACACCGUCGUCACCAGCACCAGUAACAACAGCGUCUCAGCCAAGUAAGAAGAAGAGGAAAUUGAAAAAGGACGAUGCUAAAGAUAAUACAAUCACGAAUGAUAACGAUGCAAUGCAAUUGAACAAAGUAACUACAGCUUCCGCGUCGCAUAAUCUUCUUACACAGAUGGGUCUGGUAAAUAAUUCAUUCGUUCCACCUACAGUACCAUCUCCUUUACAACCAUCUUCCUCAACGAAUGGCACAGCUCCGACGCCAAAUGCUCAACAACAAGCUCAAAUUGCGGCGAUGUAUAACAUGACGCCGCAUUUCGGUGCUUAUAAUACAUUUCCGAAUGCCUUCAAUCCAGCUUUUCCUGGAACUCCUUAUCCAGGUGGUUAUCCACCUCCGUAUGGAUUUCAUCCUGCUUUUGGUACAUCAGCUCCUGGUCAACCGUUUCCGUUUAUGCCACCAACAUCUACACCGUCUUCUGGGCCUAUAACUAAUUCUGCAUCAGAUGAUAAGGCAGCACCAAUUGUUGUACCUGAAACGAAACCAUCGAAGUCAAAGGUUAAAAAUAAGAUUCCUGGAGAGAAGAAAAAGCCUGUUACUCCGAGAGCAAGCAAGAAAAAAUCUACAGAAACAGUAACGGCCCCUACUACAACUUCAGCUAUCCCAACCGUAAAGGGUGAAACAUCAUCCGCUCCAUCGACUGACCCAACAGUAUCUGCAACAACAGUAUUAGAUGCAACAUCUGCACCUUCAACAGUAGCCUCUAAACGACGAAUCAGUGGCACAGAAAGCGAAGAUUUUGACGAACAAACUGACGAACAGCAACAACAAUCUCAAACUGCUAAUGGUAAAUCAGGUAAUGAAUCAGAUGCGUCAACAGGUGCUGCUGAUCGUUCAUCGGCGAAUGCGCCAUCGUCAAUGUCGACAUCGGAGAAAAAAAGUGGACGUACGACAAUCAAACCACAACAAUUAGAAAUAUUGAAUAAAGCAUUCGAAUCAUGCGCUAAACCGAAUAAAUCUCAACGUGAACAGAUCGCCGCCGAUACUGGCCUCAACAUACGAGUUAUUCAAGUUUGGUUUCAAAACAAACGAUCGAAAGAACGUAAAGGAAAAGUCUCCAAAGAGAAAGACACACAAUUAGACGACGAUGAAGCAGGUGAUGAUUCUCCAGCAGCAUCACCGCCAACUGCUCCAGCGCCUACAUCUGCAGCUGAAUCUGAUCCUUCUGAACCAGCGACACUUCUCACUAGUUCUGAACCAGAAAGUCAAAUCUAA